UGCCGCACCCACCAUUCCCGAGUUGCACAGCCGCACCACGCUGUGCUUGCCCACCCCGCAUCCCCCCACGGCUUGCUGCCGUAGCACACUGCGAAUCCCGCGCCUCGUUCCCGCCUUCGUACCGCCUGCCGCGCGCACAGCGUGCUGUCCGCAGCGCCAACCAUGGCCGCCUCGUGCCUCCUCGCGCCACCCGCCACCAUCGCCCCUGACGCCCCCUCCGCGCGCUUCCGCCCCGCCGAUCUUCCCCAUAUGCGCGCCACUGCUCUCUUCCCCCUCUCCCGCCCCGCCGCUCUGGCCCCCUUCGGCGUCUCCCGUCGAGCGCCACAGCCUGUGCGCGCAGCAGCAGCGGAUCUCCCCGCGCCAGCUUCCCCCAGCAGUGCUCCGGCCCUCAGCGACCGCCGCUCGCUGCUAAUCGGCGCGCUCGCCGCGGCUUCCGCCGCGAGCCUCGGCGCGGGCGGCGCGUCGCAUGCGGCGGAGUGCGAGCUGCAGGAGACGCCGUCGGGGCUGCAGUUCUGCGACCAGGUGCAGGGCGCCGGCGACGAGGCCAGCGCCGGCACGCGCAUCCAGGCGCACUACGCGGGGCGGCUGCUGUCAGGCACUGUGUUCGACAGCAGCUACGCGCGCGGGCGCCCACUCGUGUUCCGCGUGGGCGUGGGGCAGGUGAUUCGAGGGUGGGACGUGGGCAUUCUGGGAGGGCCAGGCAUUCCGCCCAUGAAAGCAGGUGGCAAGCGCACUCUGCGCAUUCCAGCGGACCUCGCCUAUGGCAGCCGAGGGGCGGGCUGCAGGGGAGGCACGUGUCGCAUCCCACCGGGGGCGGACCUCAUAUUCGAAGUGGAGUACCUGGGCACCGUGUAGCACCCUCCCCCCUGCACUGCUGCCUUCCCCACACACCUUCCCUCCGCAUUGUCCUUGUGUGUGUUGUUAAGGCAAGUGUCAACUUAGGGCGUAUUCCUACCAUCCAGGAUCAGGAUCAGCAUUCCUGAUCUUGGUUCCUGAUCCUGCCGUUUUGCAACCUGUAGAUCAGCAACCGAAGUGUUAGUCGCAAAGUGCUGCCACAUGUGCAGAAAACGCGACGAAAUGCAACGUGAAGUUGGUAUUGAAUCGAACUCGCAAUAUGCUCAUUGAUUGGUUGUUAAAAAAAAAAUCGGCUACAG